AUGGAUCGCGGUAGCGAGAAAAGUAAUGGUCUGAUCGAUGCUGAGGAUGCUGGAAUAGUUUCCAUAAAAGAUUUCGCGUACGAUAAGUCGGACGCUCUUCACUACGGAUAUUAUGGCGAUCACUAUGAAGAAGAUACAGAUGAAGAUCCGGACCAUCAAGUACAAGGCAGUGAUGAAUCUUCCGGUGAACUAGACCACAACACCAAAUCAUUUGAAUCUCAGAAAAUUGGGUCACAAUUGCGAGAUCCUUCUACCCUUCGUGGCAAAAAAGAUGCACAUGAUGACAUUGGUGAUGCUGAAAACGAGUUCGAAGAUGUCAUGACAAAACGACAAAGCAUUGUUCUGCCCUCUAAUCAGAUAGUCAACAGCGAAGCAAUUGCGCUUUAUGACUUUGCCCCCGAAAACGAUAAUGAACUAGAGUUGCACGAAGGAGACAUACUAUUCAUAGGCUACAGACAUGGUCAAGGAUGGCUAGUGGCUGAAAACGAAGAACGCACGCGUACGGGUCUGGUACCUGAAGAAUACGUAACUUUGAUAGAAACGCCGGAAAACGCCACUGAUAAUGACUCCUACACAACUGAGGAAAAUGAUGAUGCCAAUAACAACCACAAUCACAAUCACAAGCACAACUACAACGACGACGACGAUGCUGAUGAUGAUGAUGACGAUGAUGAUGAUGACAAGGAUGGGAAACCGCGCCCCUUCUAUCUGACCCACAUGAUUGCACAGUCCAUGGCAUCCCCUGCUGUCAAUGAUGAACCGGAUCAAGAAUGGGAAGACAUCGAUGAUGUCGAAUCAUCACUGAAGGAGAAUCUGAGGCUAUCCGAUUCGUGA